AUGAACGGGCCGACUUUAGAUUUCAGCUUCCUCGACGCCACCGCGCGCGGCUCGAUGGCGUCGAAACACGUCGACGAAAGCCUCGACGCGAUCGAUGGAAACAUGCACGAGUGUAACUUUAAAGCCCCUGCGGUGGAAGACUUUGAAGGAUUCCAGCGAGAGGUGAUCAAUUACGUCAAACCGAACCACGGGACGACGACGCUGGCGUUUAUUUUUGAGCACGGUAUCGUCGUCGCGGUGGACUCUCGCGCGUCGCAAGGACCGUACAUUUCUUCGCAGACGGUGAAAAAGGUGAUCGAGAUUAAUCCGUUCUUGCUCGGGACCAUGGCCGGGGGGGCGGCAGAUUGUCAGUUUUGGCAGCGAAACCUCGGGAUUCAGUGCCGGUUGCACGAGUUGGAAAAUGGGAAGCGAAUCACGGUGCGCGCGGCGAGCAAGCUGUUGGCGAACACGCUGUACAGUUACAAGGGCAAGGGAUUGUCCAUGGGGACGAUGGUGGCUGGGUGGGAUUUGAACGGGCCUGGGCUGUAUUACGUCGAUAGCGAGGGCACACGGUUGAAGGGGCAGCGGUUUAGCGUCGGUUCGGGGUCGUUGUUUGCAUACGGGGUGUUGGAUCAAGGAUACAAGUGGGACUUGACGGUUGAGGAAGCGUGCGAACUCGGACGACGCGCGAUUUAUCACGCCACGUUUCGCGACGCAUUUUCUGGUGGUACUGUCAGUGUGUACCACGUCGGUGCGAAUGGGUGGACUAAGGUGACCGGGGACGAUGUCGGCGAGUUACACUUCUCGUAUUACCCGGCGACGCCGGUCGACGACGUCGAUGCGCACUGCGGCGGAGAAGGCAAGAAGGAAGCCGAGGCGAGAGCGGCUACGGAAGCGAGCGCGAUGGAGACGUGA